UACAACACUGGGUUUCGUGCAUUUGUUUACAAUUCGUUGUUUGAAACGAAACUGAGUGUUUGUCGGAUGAAAGCGGUCAAUUAAGUUGUUGAAAAUGGUGGAUAAACGUAUCCUGGUCAUAGACAAUGGCUCCUACGAGUGCCGCGUGGGCUGGAGCGACUCCAAGGAACCGGACCUACGAUUCCGCAAUGUUCUGACCAAGCCACGGAAGGAUCGCAAGAAGGAGGCCACCCAGCAGGGCGCCUCCGAGAGCUCCGUUACUCCGGCGGCUGUAGAGGCACCGGCCGAAAUCCAAGUGGGCAAUGACAUCACCAACAUCGAGGCGGUUCGAGCCCACCUCAAGAGUCCCUUUGAGCGGAAUGUGAUAACCAACUGGAAUCAUCAGGAGCAAAUCUUUGACUAUAUAUUCACCAAGAUGGGAUUCGAAGGGCAAGAGAGGAUCGAUCAUCCGAUUGUCCUUACAGAGGCGCUGGCCAAUCCGAACUUUUGCCGCCAGCAGAUGAGCGAACUGCUCUUCGAGUGCUACGGCAUUCCAGCUGUAUCUUACGGAAUAGAUGCUCUGUACAGCUGGGAGCACUAUCAGCAGAAUCAUCAAAAGAUAUCCGAUGCCCUGAUCAUUUCCUUUGGCUACAGCACCACCCAUGUUAUUCCCGUGCUCGGCGGCAAACUCCAACUGGAGCAUGUGCGUCGCCUCAAUGUGGGCGGCUAUCAUAUAAUUACCUAUCUCUUUCGGCUUAUGCAAAUGAAGUAUCCCGUGCAUUUGAAUGCCAUUACCAUUAGUCGAAUGGAGAAACUUGUCCAUGAGCACUGCCACAUUGCCGUGGAUUACAAAGAGGAACUGAUGAAAUGGGCCCAGAUGGACUACUACGAUGAGCACAUCAUGAAGAUUCAACUACCCUACAAUGCAGUAACCGCGACCAAUGCCCUGCUAACUGCGGAACAAAAGCAGGAAAAGCGUCGGGAGUUGGCCCAUCGCCUCCUGGAGAUAAAAAAUCGGCGGGAGAAGGAGAAAUUACGCGAGGAUGAGCAGCAAUUGUUUGUCUACAACAAGCUGAGACAACUGUACGAGCAACAGAAAUUGGAGAAGUUUGAGCGGGCCCUGCAACAGCAGCAGAUCGGUACUUUGGAGGACUUGGAUUCUCUUAUUGCCACCAUAAACUCGCGAAUUAAGCGAGCCCAGGACAGGGCGCAAAGUGCUCCACGUCCAAGUAAGCAGCAGGAGAAGCUGGACAAAAUGCCUAAGCCGCCUGAGGGCGUGUCCCAGGCGGAUUGGCUGGCUGAGCUCCAUGGGAAGCGGGAGCAACUGCUCGGACGCAAACAGGCCCGUCAACAGCAGCGCACCGAGCAGGCCAAGCGGCACACCCACGCUGCCCAGGAGCGAAUGCGUAUCAUCUCAUCGCUGGCCAAAAACGAAAAACGGCGCAAGGUGAACGGCGAGGAAGAAGAUGACGGCUUCGGAAUGAACGACAAUGACUGGGACGUUUACAAGCGCAUUAAUCGCUAUAACGAUGAUAGCGACUCCGAUGCAGACAACGAGCAGCUGCUGGAGUUCGAGAAGAUAUUAAGUCAUUACGACGCCAACUUCGAUGAUGGCAACUCGAAUGUACAGACCCAGAGUGCGGCCGAGAACUACCAGCUUCACUUUGGAGUGGAGGACAUCCGUGUACCGGAGAUUUUGUUUCAGCCCAGCAUGAUUGGCUGCUCGGAGGCAGGUCUUGCAGAACUGAUUGCCUUCGUGCUAAAGCUCUUUUCCGCCGAAGAGCAGCAGCGUCUAGUAGAUCACGUCUAUCUAACUGGUGGAUGUGCCCAGUUCAGGGGCCUUAAGGAGCGACUCGCCAAGGAGCUGAUGGAGAUGCGUCCGUUUCAAUCGAGUUUUGCCAUUUAUGAGUCGGACGAGCCCACACUAAGCGCCUGGCUGGGAGCUUGCGUUCAGACCAAAGAACCCAACUUUGGCCAGACACUGACUACACGAAAGGAUUUCCAGGAGAAGGGGAACGAGUUCUUCCGAGAGCACAGAGCUAGUAAUCUUUUUUAUCCUACACCAAAAGAUUAAAAUUUAUUUGAAACCACCGAGAAA